AUGAAUACCGGCGGCGGUGGCCGCCAACGCCACAAGAACCAGCAUCAACACCUCCCAUCACACGGCUCGACAGGAUCGAUCGGCGGAACGGCCGUGCCCUUCCCGCCGCAGUUUGACCCCGGGCCUGCGUCAGCAUCGUUGCCGACGACGACAGCAUCGACACCCACACCCACCCCGACGCCCACCCGCGCCAACACGGUAGGGUCGGCCGUGUCUGCCUCCUCCACCUCCACCACGGCAGGCUCCGUCCCCGGCCAGCGCAAAGAGCGCGGCGCCAUUGCGGCCCAGGCCUGCGACACGUGCCGCAGCCGCAAACAGAAAUGCGACGAGCAGCGGCCCGAGUGCGGCACCUGCCAAAAGUUCAAGCUGGCCUGCCGCUACCGCGAGCCCCAGCCGACCAAGAAGGACAAGACCCUGGGCGAGAUUCUCGACCGGCUCAAGGCGCUCGAGGGCAAGAUCGACGGGCUGGGGGGUGGAGGGGCCGCCAGGCAAGCGUCGGCUGGACAUGCCGCGCCGGCCCUCCUCGGCCUGCCGCCACAACCACCUGUGCCACCCGUGCCAUCCGUGCCACCAGUGUCACCGUACACAUCCACCACUGCUGCUGCUUCGGCAGCAGCAGCACCCACCACACCCUCGACGUACCGGUACUCCCCGGCCGUGUACCAGAUGCUGGGCUGGCCCGUCGUGCAACAAAUGCUCGCACCGCUGGCCCCGCAGCUGGCGAUCCUCCAGAUUCACGUUCAAGCACUGGGCGCCGAGCACGACGCUCAGGCCGUUGUCCUCGGGCUGCACCAUCCGCAGCAGCGGCUGCCGACCAACGACUCCAUGGGUGGCGGCGUGGGCCACGCCAUGGGCGGCGUGCCCGGCGUGCCCGGCGUGCCCGGCAUGGGCGUCGGUGGCAUGACGGCAGCCCCCAACAGCUUUUAUCCCGCCAUGCCAGCCUCUGUGGCAAGCCCCAUGCCCUUCUCGCUUGGCGCCUCCCUCGGCUCGACCAUGGCCACAACAUCCCUGGGCGGACCGCCGCUUCUGUCGUGGGACACGCUCUACCGCCUCAGCACCGCCUACUUUGACUCGUUCAACUACAUUGCGCCCAUUGUCGACCGCCAGACCUUUCUGGGCGUGACACUGCCCGUCGCGCUGGAGCUCGGCCAGGAUGCGACCAACCCGGCCGACAAGACGAGCAGCGCCGGCACCAACGACCAGGCAAACGCGGCCCUUGUACUCCUCGUGGCCGCCCUCGGCGAUGUUGCCAUUGCCGGGGUCCAAGGCGCGCCUGUUCUGGGGGCCACGGGCGGCGUGAAAGGCGGCACCGUACGGCACCCACCGGGCCUUGCCCUCUUCAACGAGGCCCGGCGUCGCAUGGGUUUUGUGUCGGGCGACUGUAGCCUGGAGAACAUGCAAAUCUACGCUCUGGCAGGCAAACCCUCCGAGUUGGCAUCAACCCGUGCCGAUCUGAUCCGCCACAUCUUUUGGUACUGUUUGAUUAUUGAGACCCACUUCAACAUCGAACUCGGCCUGCCCCUGACCGGCCUUGACCGCUUUGAAGACCUUGUCGGACUGCCUUCCUUCAACGGACCCUACGCGCAAGACGACUACCUUGCCAACCAGGCAUCCCACUUUCAGGAGCAUUUUGCUUCGCAGAUCGUGCUGCGGCGGCUGUGCGUCGACUUUGACAGAACCCUUCGUUUUGGUAAAUAA